GAAUUGCCCCCCAUUACAUUGUAUGUAUUGGGUAGGGGGCCCUUUAAGAUGACUUUGUCCUGGGCCUAGCAAAAGCUGUCAGGGGCCCUGGCUGUGUGUGACUCCUCCUCUUUCUCUCAGCCUCUCCCUCUCGCUCUCUCUGUCUCUCUGUCCCUCCCUCCCUCCCUCUCUCUCUCUGCUCUUGCUCCCUCCCUCCCUCCCUCCCUCUCUCUGUUGCGCGUCAACCCGCCGGUAGAGAAAAGCUGGCAGCCAGUGCUGACCUGAAGCCAAAGGCAGUGAGAGCGAGAAGAGCGGCGGCAUUCCUGUCCUGAGACUUCAUAGAGCGCGCACCACACUGCUCCACACAGCAGCACACAGCAGAGUUUGAACUCUCUGACAGACGCCACCAGACCAAACAAGGGGGACACAAGAUCCAGUCAUUUGCACUUAAAGGAGCAGUCAUACAGCACCACGACAUGGAGACCCCAGCCCAGAAGCGCAGGAGCGGUGGAGGGGCGGCCUCGGCGCUCUCCCCCAACCGCAUCACGCGCCUCCAGGAGAAGGAGGACCUGUGCAACCUCAACGACCGGCUGGCCAUCUACAUCGACAAGGUGCGCUCGCUGGAGACGGAGAACGCCGGCCUGCGCCUGCGCAUCACCGAGUCGGAGUCGGAGGUGAGCCGCGAGCUGGGCGGCAUGAAAAAUGCCUACGAGACGGAGCUGGCCGAUGCCCGCAAGACCUUGGACUCGGUGGCCAAGGAGCGCGCCCGCCUCCAGCUGGAGCUCAGCAAGGUGCGCGAGGAGUACAAGGAGCUCAAGGCCAGAAAUGGCAAGAAGGAGGCUGACCUGGAGGCUGCCCAGGCCCGACUAAAGGACCUGGAGGCCCUGCUCAACUCCAAGGAUGCCUCUCUGUCCACCGCCCUGGGAGAGAAGCGCAACUUGGAAGUGGAGAUCCGCGACCUGAAGGCUCAACUGGCUAAGGUGGAGGACCAGCUGGCUCUGAGCAAGAAGCAGCUGCAGGAUGAGAUGCUGCGUCGGGUGGAUGCUGAGAACCGCAUCCAGACCCUCAAGGAGGAGCUGGACUUCCAGAAGAACCUCUACUCGGAGGAGCUGCGGGAGUCCAAGCGGCGCUACGAGUCGCGCAUGGUGGAGAUUGACAGCGGGCGGCAGCAGGAGUUCGAGAGCAAGCUGGCCGACGCCCUGACAGAGCUGCGCGGGCAGCACGAGGAGCAGGUCCGCAUCUACAAGGAGGAGAUCGAGAAGACCUAUAACUCCAAGUUGGACAAUGCUCGCCAGUCUGCGGACCGUAACAGCCACCUGGUGGGUGCUGCCCAUGAGGAGCUGCAGCAGACUCGCGUGCGGCUGGAGGGCAUGUCCGCCCAGCUCAGCCAGCUCCAGAAGACGCUGGCUGCUCGCGAGGCUAAGAUCCGCGAGCUGGAGGAGGCCAUGUCUCGCGAGCGCGACCUGAUGCGACGUCGCCUGGAGGACAAGGACCGCGAGAUGGCCGAGAUGAGGCAACGCAUGCAGGAGCAGCUGGACGAGUACCAGGAGCUGCUGGACAUCAAGCUGGCCCUGGACAUGGAGAUCGCCGCCUACAGGAAGCUCCUGGAGGGAGAGGAGGAGAGGCUGCGCCUCUCCCCGAGCCCUCCGCCUACCCGCGUGACCGUGACCCGGUCCACUGGCUCCGCCACGGGCUCCGCCUCCGGCUCUCACCACGCCCGCAUCAUCCAGACCACCAGCAGCAGCCGCAACUCCUCUGGCAGCGCCAAGAAGCGCCGCCUCAACGAUAACGACAGCGACGCCUCCAGCGUGGUGGGCGGCACCGUGACCCGCACCCGCAUUGCCCAGCAGGCCUCAGCCAGCGGCCGUGUCACCGUGGACGAGGUGGACCUGGAGGGCAAGUUUGUGCGCCUCAGCAACAAGGCUGACCAGGACCAGCUGCUUGGCCACUGGCAGGUGAAGAGGCAGGUUGGCACUGGCGCCGCCAUCGUCUACAAGUUCCCACCCAAGUUCACCCUGAAGGCCGGAGCAUCUGUUACCAUCUGGGCAGCUAACGGAGGUGGAACUCACAACCCCCCCUCUGACCUGGUGUGGAAGACCCAGAACUCCUGGGGCACUGGGGACCUGUUCCAGACCACCCUCAUCAGUGCCAAUGGAGAGGAAAUGGCCAUGAGGAAGGUGACAAGAACUCUGUUCCAGGAUGAAGAUGAUGAAGAUAUGGCUGCCCACAGCACUGGCGUGGACAGUGAGUACAACCUGCGCAGCCGCACGGUGGUGUGUGGCUCGUGUGGGCUGCCGUCUGAGAGGGGCGCUGGCAGCUGUGUGUCGGCCACCUCCUCCUCCUCUCAUCGCUCCAGCAGCGGCGGAGGAGGCCUGCCCGAGGGCAUCCUCACACAGUCCUUUGUCCUGGGCAACAACCAGCCACGUGUACAUGGAGGCCCCCGUCCAGAGAACUGCUCCAUCAUGUAGACUCCCAGCCAGCCACAGUCUACCUGAGGCCCCCACCUGACGUGGGGUGUCCACACUCAAAACAGCUGUCAUUCACCUGCAGCUACCGAGAGGCAGCCUCUCCCUUACAAGGGUUAUGUUUUUUCUACAUAUUUUUUUUCUUUUAAAUAAAUAUAUAUAUAAAGAAUCAGUCUUAUUUUGUACAACAUAUUGGGUGAGGGUGGGGUAGUUGGUUAGCUAUGCAUGUGGCAAAGGGCUUAUAGAUGGGGAAUAUAAUGUCAAACAAAAAUAAGUUUUGUAAGGGAGUGUAUGUCUUGUCUAUGUGUUGUUUUCUAUUCUCCAGUGUUGCAUGCAUGGUAGCUGGGCUCGCUUCUGUAAAGGCUUUGUAGGGAGCAGAUUGGUUGUUUGUUUAGGCAAUAAGAGACAGGCACUGGAGCUAGGGGAUACCUCCCUCUCUCCCUCCCACUUUCCCUCCCUGGGUUGAACGCUAGAACGUGGGAUUCAUAGUAUACACUACACCCCCCCCCCACACACACACACACACACAGCUCAGAUGGAAUCCCAUCAUUGAAUCCAACCAUCUUUUAUUUUUAUUUUUAUAUAAAUGUAGUGUUUCUAGGAUGUACAGCAGUUUGGCCGGCACAAGGAAAGGGCUCGGGCCACAUGAAACACAUCAGGUCUGUUUCUGGAUAAAUUUACAAAUGGACUCAGGAACCAGAGAUCUGCUGAAAGGCACCUUGCUGAUGUUUCUUAUGUAAAAUGUCACCUCUUGGUAUUUCCGACAUCGUGUUGAUUUUUUGAGGAAAAAAAAAAACCUAUUUGCUGUUACACAAGGAAAUCUUUUUUUUUUGCAUUUGAAUUAACCAAACCAGAGAGGACUUUGGUCAUGGCAAUGGUGCUCGGCUCUCUGCGUUCUUGAUUAACUGCACUGCCAAAUGCACUGCCAAAAACACAUGGUACAUUGACAAAGCCUUCGAAACGUUUUUGUUGGAUAAGUGGAAUUUGGAAAGGCACAGAGGAUAGGUUUGGUUUUGAAUGUCUGGGAUAUAAGUCGUUGCCAUAAAUGUUUUACACUUGCGCUUGCAUUCUUUUCCAUAUGUUUGGGAACCAAUGCAUUGGAGAUUAAGUCAGAGUUUGAGUAAUGUUUACUAAAAGUAUGUACAUGUGUAAAGGGAAACUUGGGAACAUGAUAUGGCAGCAUAGACUGGAAAUUGCUAUGUUUGUUUUUGACUGAUGGAAGCACAGCUCUUCUACAACUACAGGUAGUUGUACCGGAUCAUUAGAUGAUCUUUUGUUUAUAUAGUAGAAAAUAUCAUUAUGCGUGCUACAACUUUGUUUCAACCUCUCAAUAGAUAUAUAUUUUUCAUUUUUUUAUUGUUGAAGGUUGGUGUAUUGAGAUUUUGAGCAUGUCUGCUGAUGUUGGCUCCAAUUAUGAGUAACACUAAUGGUUGGUUAAGUACUUUAGAGUGAUUAUUGGAGAAAUAUUUUUGCACGCUUUAAAGAAGCGACUAAAUCCAAAGAAAGUUUGAGCAUUUUUUUGUUAUCAAUGUUUUGUACGACCAAUGCAGUUCAAUGUCUAUUCCACAGUGCCUUGUACCAUGCCUGAAACUAGAUUUGUAAAAAAAAAAAAGUGCCCCUCUCACUCAUCUUGCUUGAUGCUUUGGUUUAAGGAACAUAUUCUUUUUCUUUUUGUGGGGGUGUUAUGCAUUUACAGUACUUGCGCUUAUUGGGGACAUUUUUUUUGGGGGGGGGGGGGGGGUUGUAGAAGGGGGCAUGUACUUCUUUUCACCAUACAUUGUUCGAUAUGACUUACUACAUUCUUGAAUGUCUAUUAUUCUUUGGUUUGGCUGACCAUUUGUACUGUAGCUUAAGCAGCACUCGCUAUAGUAUUGCUACAAACUGUUUUGCAUUAACUUCCUGUUUUUGUUAUUGUAACGCCUUUUGUUUUCCUAUCUAAUAACGGAUAUUCCUAGUAAUUGUGACAUGUGACAAGGUAAUAAAAGUGUCCAAUUUGGUAAUACUUGAUUCAUUAGUCAAUCACUGCCUCCUCAGCGGUGAUUGCGUGAUUUGUGCAUGCUUGCCUUCUUGGGUUGUGUCCAAAGUGUUCACUCAUUCAUUCACUAUAACUGUGUCUGUACAUGUGCUAGGGUGCUAGACCUAUUUUGUUCCUUGUAUAAUACACUUUAUAGGACAUGAGUGAACAUUUUGGAUUCAGUUUCUUGUCUACAGAGUGAUGAUUCUUAAUUCAGGUGGGGGGAAUUGAAUUAAAGGCGUCCAUCAAUGUCACCUCAAUUUGCAUGUCACCAAUUCAACCACAUUUUGUGAAGCUCAGUUGAGUAGACCAACCCAAACGCAUUGAUGAAUGUACCAGAGUAAGUGUCAUAUUUUUGUACAGAGUAAGUGCUUUAUGUUGUCCUUGUUUGUUACAACAACAAAGUAUGAAGCGUAAGGACAUUUGCAUUGCCUUUUUCAUAUGUUACAAACAUUAAGCUGAAUGCCAAACACUCCCUUUCUUUAUAUUUUCUUUUUUGUAAAUCAUUUUUGUUCAACGGGCAUGUAUGGGAAAAUAAAUAAUGCAUCAUUAAAAUGAAUCAUUUUUCUA